AUGCGUUUAGUCGAAGUUGAAGUACUCACCACGGUUUCCGCAAAAGCUGUCCUUCCAAAGUUGGAUGCAAUAUUUUCACGACAAGGCCUUCCAGAAGUUCUGAAAAGCGACAAUGGCCCACCAUUUAACGGUGCCGAGUUCGAGUCAUACGCCAAGCACUGCGGUUUUACUCACCGCAAGAUCACGCCAUACUGGCCUCAAGCAAAUGGAGAGGCCGAGCGUUUUAUGCGCACACUACAGAAAUGUAUUCGGGCUGCAAUCAUCGAGAAGAAAAACUGGAAGCAAGCGAUGAACCAGUUUCUCCUCAACUACAGGGCAACCCCCCAUUCCACUACUAACAUAUCCCCCUCCGAAAGCCUCAACAACAGGAAGAUAAAGACAACAAUGUUACCGGAGAUGCCCUCUAGUUCAAAACCAGAACAGACAGCAAUGGCUGAAUAUGAUGCUCGGAAGAAAGAACAAAUGAAAUCUUGCGCAGACAACCGUCGGGGUGCCAAAGAAAGUUGCAUCAAACCAGGUGACACCGUCCUUCUGAAACAGCCGAAGGAAAACAAAUUCAGUGCUCCAUACAACCCUCAACCUUUUGUCGUAGAAAAGAAAAAGCGAACAAUGGUCACUGCCAAGAAUGAUUCAAAGGUUGUCACACGAAACUCCUCGCAAUUCAAGGUGAUCUCAACCAAGUCAGCCAAACACAAUGACAAGGAAGUUGAACCAAAGGUUCCAAGACCAUCAAACCCCCAAGAACAAAAAACACUUCAACAAAGACCGAAACGGAACGUAAGACAGCCAGCAAGGUUCGCGGACUAUGUAAACUAUGAACCAAUGUGAACCAAAUGACAGUUCGGACAAUAUCACUGUCCACAGCAUAUUAGUCAAAGGAACAGUGACUCGGACAAGUUAAUGUUUAUAUUAAUAGAUGGAACUAUCAUCUGACAAUGGGAGGGAUAUAAUAUAGUUAAUAAGCUCAUUGUUGUUAUGUUGCCUUGGCGCGCAGGUGGACCGCGUGCGGGGUCUGAGACUAAGACUUUUUGGCGCCAAUAGAUAGAGUUUUAUUAGUUAGUUUUGCAUGUGGAUAUAUACGAGAGGUUAUCAAUAAAAGUGUUUAACUACAACAUUACAACAACAUGUGCAACAAAUAUUUGCAAUCUAGCAGGUUGAUACCCAGAGUAUAUCCCAUUUGGAGAAGGAUAUUGUUUCCGUAUUACUGUAACACAACAGCUUGGAAUCAUUCUCCUGUUCCCACUUCCUUAUCUUUUCAUGUUGCCAGAGUACAUAUUGUUUGUAAGCAGCAUGGUGAAAAUUUUCAUUGUUUCUAACAUUAUUUAACACUAAACAGUCUUCUGGUCCUGUAAUGCAUGGCCAGGUCCAGAACGUUUCCAUCAAGUACUAACUGUGGGGAACAGAGGGGCUAGGGUCUUGCAAGGCUGUACUGUUUGUGUACAGCAUUUGUUUUCCAAUUGUGUUGGCCUUCCAAUACAGCAUCCACAUUCGCAACACUCUGGGACAUUUUCUGGGUUUUCCUCUGGGUCUGGUUGAAGCGGUGCACCUGGCAAUUCAUUAUUUACCAAAUCAGCAAAUGUACCUGGCUGACGCUGUAUAGGACAUUUAGGCUGACGCUCUUAGGGCAUUUAAAAUUAAAUCCAUUGCUUCCACAAGAUUCUGAAAUGUAAAGAUAUUUAUCAUUAAUUAAAUGCAAAGACUCAAGCACAGUGAAACACUGAUAUUUUUACCACAAAUUCCUCUAUAGACUUGUAUAUAAACGGGUAAACUCUUUUUAUAUAAUUUGAUCGGCAAGGAUAUGCAUAAUUAUACAGAGUAUGUAAUAAAACAAAUCAUAUGUGUUAAUUAAAGCUUUCAAAAAUGUACUGUCACUCAAAUGUACACUGUAUGUCUGUGCAUAUUCUUGGCAGGCAAAAGCAGGCAAAGUAUUAAACUAUGUAAACAAAGUUUGUUCAUGUAUUGUUAGAUGAUCAUUAUCCUUCGUUUAGAGUGAACAGUCACAAUGAACAACAUUACAUAUUCUCAAAUGAACAUUGCUCAGGCCAUUUUUUGCGUAAACGAAACAUGUAUAAACUACAAUGAGCGAAAAUAAUAUGAUUACAUGUACAUGUGUGAAUCACGUUUAUAACGAACAGUAUAACGAACAGUGUCAGUACAUACUAGUAAUAGCAAUAGUAGAAACUCACCAUCUGGUCACUGUCACGUUCUUGUACCCUUCGAUUGUUCAUACAUGUAUCAAAAUCCUAUUCGUGGCACACACUUGAGCAAAAAUUACCCAUACUUUUGCAGGCUCUCUAUCGUAAACAGAAGCCGCGACACGAACAUAUCGUCUCCACAUAUCUUCCAGCGAAAAGCUUAAUUUCUCCGAGUGCUUUGAUCUGCCAUGACAGCAACAAUGACUCUGACAAUGUGUUUCGACGAACAAAUAACCCAAGCAAAGGUUCAUGUUUACUUUGGCACUUCCAAAGUUUAUUUUACAAUGCCGAACAUUAUAUUCAGAAUACGUACAAUGGGUUGCAAACUCGCACCCGGCACCUUUGCUGUGUCGGCCUCUUCUGGAUAUUUCAUUAUAUAAAACGAAACACACGAAAGAAAAAUGUCGAAUUAAUCAGCAAUAUAUCUUCCAUUGGUGGUCUGUUAAAAUAUUUAAUUGCUUGUCUUUCAGAAGACAAUUUAAAAAAAAAUUAACUUCACUCCUGGUUCCUUCAUUUAUAAUUUGUUUAGUGCAUAGUCGUAUACUUCAUAUUAUACAAUUGAAGUGGAUCCAAACCAAAACAAAAGAUGUAAACAAAGCCCGCACAUGCGCAGAAUGGACUGUAACCCAGCUUUAAUGAUAUUUUUGCCUUUUUUUGCUGCAAAAAAUUUAUUUUUUAAAUAACAAGGUCAGUUCCUCAGCCCCCUGUGGUUGAACCAGAGCCUUCGCGACAUUUCAAUUUAUUAUUUACUGUCGAAGGCUCUGGAAUCCAGGGUACGCUUGCCGUUACGAUAACGUAAAUUCGUAAAAUCGCGCGGGAAAUACAAGUCACGUUGUAACAAGUGCUUAGACUUAGUAAUAAGGCCGGGGGAGGUCAAGGAGGUGGAAUUCCGUGUUCGAUUUUGGUUUCGGUGGUUUUGGUCUUUUCCGAUUCUUGUUCCGGUCGUUCCGGUGGUUUCGUUCCGGUUGUUUCGGUGGUUCCGUUCCGGUUGUUUCGGGUUCUGGCGCCAUAUUUUGAUACGACUACACGUGUUGCUUGCAAACUGUGUCUCUGAAUAUUCUCAAUUUUAUGAUCAGAAAUUCUGUAAGAACCGAAGUAUUAUAAAGAUUCAAUAAAGAAAGACUCGAGGGAACAGUUGGGUGAUAUUUUUAUCGAUAUUUAACCGUACGGGGAAAAGAUCAAAAGCUGAAACCAUGUCUACGAAAUGCGAGGUUUGUAACAAGGUAUUUUCUACGAAAGGAAAUUUGGUGGUACAGAAACAAGCACAUACUAGAGAGAAACCUUAUGAAUGUGAUGUUUGCAACAAAAGAUUUUCGCGGUCAGACGACUUAGCUAAACAUGAAAGAACACACACUGGAGACAAACCUUAUGAAUGUGAUGUUUGCAACAAAAGAUUUUCGUGGCCAGACGGGUUAGCUAGCCAUGAAAGAACACAUACUGGAGACAAACCUUAUGAAUGCGAUGUUUGCAACAAAAGAUUUUCACACUCGAGCACCCAACUAAACAUAAGAGAACACACACUGGAGACAAACCUUAUGAAUGCGAUAUUUGUAAGAGGAAAUUUUCACAAUCUGGCAACUUAGCUUCCCAUAAAAGAACACACACUCGAGAGAAACCUUGUGAAUGUGAUGUUUGCAACAAAAGAUUUUUGCAUUCAGACUACUUAGCUGUUGAUAAGAGAACACAUACUGGAAACAGACCUUAUGAAUAUCACAUUUGGAACACAAAAUUUUCAGAAUCACACAGUUUAACACGACAUAAAAUAUCCGCACACAAGAUAAAGCAGUGUUUUGAGUGUGUUAAAUGUAAGAAAAUAUUCACAGAACGUAAAGGUCUCAAACGUCACUGGAGAGUACAUUCAAAAGAUGGCUAUAAUUAUUAUUCUGCAACAGUUGUGGCAGGGAAAUUAUUCAGUCGCAAGGCCAAGGACAUGCUAAUGAGAAACUGAGUGUUGAUCAUUUUGUCUGUGAUAAAUGCGACAAACAGUUCCCUGACAUUGAAAGUUUAUAUCAGCACAAGGCCAAAGACCAUCAUACGUCCUACCAAUGUGGUAUUGGUUAUGUCUGUUGUGCAACUGGUAUUGGUUAUGUCUGUUGUGUCUGUGAUGCCAAGUUUGAAAUUGUAACUGAACUUGAAGAUCAUACCG